AGAUGUCUGUGUGUCUUCUGAUGCACAUUUCCAGUGAAUGUUUCUGUUUUGCCCAGGGUGUCUGUGCAGAAUUAUAACUGUUCAAAACGGGGAUACUGUAAGUUUGCCCUGAAAAAAUCUUUAUUGAAAGUUAUGGAACUAAUCAUGGUAGCACAUUAGAUUACUCACAUGGCAGUUACUUGUAAAUCUCUUCAUUUAAUUGUGGAAGCAUGUGAAACCAUUGAUGCCGUGGCAUUGUGCAAAUCCACACUCAUUCAUGCAAUAAAGCUCCUAGUGACUGACACAGCCAAACAUCUUCCCCUGUUCUCAGCACUGGUGAGGCCACACCUGGAGUCCUGUGCCCAGUUCUGGGCCCUUCUAUUCAGGAAGGAUGUUGAGGGGCUGGAGCAUGUCCAGAGAAGGACAGCGGAGCUUGGGAGGGGUCUGGAGCACAAGUCUGAUGAGGAACAGCAGAGGAAGCUGGAGUUGUUUGGCCUGGAGAAAAGGAGACAGAGGUGACCUUAUGCUCUCUACAAUUGCUUGAAAGGAGACUGUAGACAGAUGGGGCUUGGUCUCUUCUGCUGGGCAGCUGGUGACAGGAUGAGAGGACACAGUCUUAAGCUGCACCUGGGGAGAUUCAGGUUCGACAUUAGGAGGAAUUUCUUCACAGAAAGGUUACUGGAAUGGGCUGCCCAGAGGAGUGGUGGAGUUACCAUCCCUGGAUGUUUUUAAGGAAAGACUGGAAGUGGCACUCAGUGCCAUGGUCUAGUUGACACGGUGGUGGUCGGCCGCAGGUUGGAUUCGGUAUCUCAGAGGUCUAAUUGAUUCUGUGAUGUGAUUCUGUGAUCAGUCCUGUAGCUAACUACUUCUGGAUACUAUUUUUAAGGGCUUGCAACUGCAUGUGAUUAAUGUAAUUUGUGGAUUCAGCACGCUGUUUUACAGUUAUCCCUUAUGAAUAAAAAAAGACUUUAAACAAAAGGCUUUAAUGACUCCCUGGUGGUGGUCCCUCUGCAGGGAGGGACAGCGGGCCCCCUCCGUGCCCAGGGCGGGCAGCAGGUGACACACAGCAGCCCCAUGGCCGCUGCCGCUCGGACCGCUCCGUGGCCACAGCACCAGGACACCAUUACGGGAUUUCAGGGGGUGGGAUUUCGGCCGGUGAGCCGCACCCCCAAGGGCUCUCCGGACACGCCGAGCGGGUCUCUGGGCCCGCCGCUUCCCCGCCCCGCCGCGCUCCGCCCCCCGCGCCGCCGCAGCCCCCGCGCAUAUAGGGCCGCUCCGCCGCUCGGGCCGCGCCGCCGCCGCCGCUCCAGGCAUGGCACAGGGCUCUACCUCACUAUGGCAGCAGCAGCGCGGCACAGCACCCUGGACUUUCUGCUCGGCGCCACAGCUGAUUGUAAUGCCGUUCUUAAAGCUCUACAGCCCAUUUUUCAGGAGCAGGGAAUGACAGAAACAGUUCAUAACUGGGAAGACCAUGGUUAUUUAGUAACCUACAUCAAAAAAAAUGGCAGUUUUGCCAAUUUGAGAAUUCACCCUCAUGGACUGGUGUUGGUGGAUCUACAGAGUUACAAUGAUGACAUGAAAGGAAGAGAAGAAGUUGAUCAGCUUCUAAACAAAGUAGAAGACAGAAUGAAAGAAUUGAUUCAUGGUAACAUAAAAAGGGUGAAACGGUUGCCAGCCAUUUUGAGAGGAGGUGUUAUUGAUAGAUACUGGCCCACAGCUGAUGGGCGCCUGGUGGAGUAUGACAUAGAUGAAGUUGUUUAUGAUGAAGAUUCACCCUUUCAGAAUAUUAAAAUUCUGCAUUCAAAACAAUUUGGGAAUAUUCUUAUUCUCAGUGGGGAUGUUAAUCUGGCAGAAAGUGACCUGGCAUAUACUCAAGCUAUAAUGGGCAGUGGAAAGGAAGAUUACACUGGGAAAGAAGUGCUAAUCCUAGGAGGUGGUGAUGGAGGUAUACUGUAUGAGAUAGUCAAACUGAAGCCAAAGAUGGUUACUAUGGUAGAGAUUGACCAAAUGGUGAUUGACGGGUGUAAAAAAUACAUGCGUAAAACGUGCGGAGAUGUCUUAGACAAUCUGAAAGGAGACUGCUACCAGGUUCUAAUUGAAGACUGUAUUCCAGUACUGAAGAGGUAUGCCAAAGAAGGAAGAAUGUUUGAUUAUGUAAUUAAUGAUCUGACAGCUGUUCCAAUCUCCACAUCUCCAGAAGAAGAUUCCACAUGGGAAUUUCUACGGUUGAUUCUUGACCUCUCAAUGAAAGUCCUGAAACAAGAUGGAAAAUACUUCACACAGGGAAACUGUAUCAAUCUGACUGAUGCCUUGGCUCUGUACGAAGAACAGCUUAGUAGGCUUUAUUGUCCUGUGGAGUUUUCAAAAGAAACUGUGUGUGUUCCCUCCUACAUGGAAUUAUGGGUAUUCUACACGAUUUGGAAGAAACAGACUGACAUCUGAACAUCAAGAUUAUUUGAGAUGAUCCUAAAUGUACAUGCUGCAUGGAGCAUAUAGGCCUGCCACAUGCUGCAUAUUGGCAUCUUGAAACUUUAAAUUAUAUGCUGUAGAUGAUCCUGAAACUUAGUCAUGCUAUUGAUUGUGAAUUCUUUAAAUGUUUUUUUAUUAUUAUUUUAAUUUAAAAGCAAAUGGAAAAUGUAUAUUUUGACAAGCUAGGGUGUUAUUUUUGAAAGUCAACUUAAAGAUGAAUAAGCAGCAAAACUAUAUAGCUGCUGACUGCACUGAACCUUUAGAAUGUGAUCCUUUUUAUUUUUUUUUGUAGAUCUUCACAAACUGGUUGAUUAAAAAAGACAUCUUUAGCAUUUCAUCCCUGAAGGGUGGUCCGUGGAGUUUUUGUUGGUUUUGUUUUUCCAGCAGAUUUUUCAUUUAUGGUGCUUUUUAAAAAUGGGAGAGGGUUUUUGUAUGGUUUUGGUUUUUUUAAAUGAACACUGCAGUGCUUCCAUAUAGAGAAAGGCAUAACUAAAAAGAAUAGUUAUGGUAGAAUACCCCAAGUCCUUUGUUGCAAAGGGAAGAAAACUAGUCUUAAAUUUUUAUUUAACCUAGCAAUUCAUCAUUACUGUAAUCUCUGCUGCAGAAGAAUCUUUGGCCUUUUACCUCCUGGAUUUCUUUAGUUGCUGCCAUAUUGAUUAUUUGGAUUCAGAUACAGAUUUGACAGUAGCUUUGUACUGAAGCUUGAAGAUCAAGGAUGGGUUUUCAUUCCACCACAGUGCAAGAAAUUGGGUGCAAUGAGGUUCAUGUGGGCAUAACCUCUCCCCAGCCUUAUGGGAAGCACUAGAUUUUUGAAGUAAAAGUUGGCUUAGAGGAUGAAGAAAUGUGGGUGUGAUGUGAUCUGUCUUUGUGAUCUAUCUGUAUGUGCACCUGUACUGAAUGUUUUGAAGCAAGUACGUGUGUGCUUCAGUUGGGUCAGUGUUGGUUGUAUUGCCACAGAUGGCCCAUAUUGUAUGAGGCUCUUGCUCAGUUAGAGUCACUUGCAGUGUAAAAACCAGUAGAAGCUGAGGUGUCUUGUAGUUCUGUUCUGAAAGAAAACACAUUUUUCUUCAGUUUCUCAUGCUGUCAGAAGUUACAUUUUUGUAAGAGUUUGCUGUGUAGUGACUAAAAUAUUUGUGCUUAAAAAUCCCACUUGAAAGGAUGGAGGUAGGAAGGAUAUGACCAAUAUGAGCAUUUUUUACUUUUCCAAGGUAGAAUAAGAAGUGAACUAUUUCCCUAAACACUCUAAUCCUGAGCAAUGAUGAUGUUUCAUUCAACACCCAUAUCAGCAUUUUCUUAGUUUUAUUGGAAAGAGUUGAUUUGCCCCGCCAAUAUACUGUUAAUGAAAACAAACCAUACUAAAGCUGUCAUUUAUGUUUUUAAACCAUACAUAAAGAAAUAUUUUAUUGCAUCCCAUGUUUAUAAACUCUUCAUAGAAUCUGAGUAGCCUAUGCAGAAUUCCAGAUUGGUGAUAGAAAAUGUGCCAAAAUUUGCAUUUACUUUGGUCUAAAACUGUUAAAAUGUUUUCAGUUUGGAUAGCCAAUAGAAGCAUUUUUCAAUCUUACAAAUUAUCUCAGUUAAUUCUGUAAUAUGCACAGGGUGCAGUUCUUCCAUGGCCUACAGCUUGUGAAUCACUGAAUACUCCCAAAGAACAGAGCUUCCCUCUAAAUAGAAUAAAGUUUCCUGUAUUUCCCUGAGUGUUCUAGCUCUGUUGUAGGCAUCCCUGAAAACUUUGAUAUUAUUACCUGUAAUCUAAUAGAGACUCUUCCUUUAUGAUCCAGGACUGCAAUCAGUUUGUGAAUGCAAAUAUCCUGUAAACAAAUGUAUCCAUACCUCUGCAAGCAUGAAUCUUUCCAUUGGUUCUUAGUGUGAUUACUCAUGUAGAUGAAGUGAAGGCCACAGGGACAGAGCUCAGAGCAUCUGUGUUCCUGGGUGAGCUUGGCAGAUGUAGAAAUCAGUCACAACAGGUGGGGGUGGUUUGGUUUUUAGCAAGGAAACUUGUGAACUAGAAGAUUACUUAAUCUGCUUGUUGUACCAGGGCUUGUGCUUCCCUUUGAUAUUGCUGCACAGGGAGCUGCUGGGUAUGCAGGGAUGUUCUGUAAAGAUUCCCAGAAUGACCAGGGGACCUGAAUUGCAUAUUAAUAGCUGAGAGGCAGCAGUGCUUGCAAACUUUUCAACUAAUAGGGUAUGAAGAGAGUUGGGAGAAUUAUUUUUUUUCUUUAACUUUUUUUAAUGUAGUGUUUUGCAGUGAUAGAUGCAGUAUAAAGCAAUUCAGCAAACACUGAACAUUAUAUUUUUUUAAUUGCUGAAUUGAUUCUGAGCAAAUAUAUAUACACAUUGUUAGUCUUUAUUUAUUUGUUGCUGUAGUAUAGAUUUUUUAAAAAGAAAAACAAGUCUCUCUGUUAGAAUUUUCAAAUGCAGACUGCUCUAGCUGAUCAGUUUUCUAUGUUUAAGGCAAGUUGGGAAAUGGCUGUGAUUGCUGCACUACGUAUGCAAACAGUUCCCCAAGACAUGGUUAACAUUAGAGGUUUCUUAAUUAUUCUUUGCACUAAAUGCUGCUUCCACCUAGAAGUUAUUGAUUGAUAGUAGUUUGUGCAAGGAGAAGACUGCUGGUGUUGUAUCUACUGCAUCAGUGCAGUGCACGUGUUAAAAUAAAGGUACGCUGUUGUUA